GGCAGGUGCCUCUGCCCUCGGCACGGAGAUGCCCGGACAGGCGGCUCUCCGGGGCGGGAACCUGCUUGGGUGUGUGCGCCCAUGCCUGGCUCUUCGCCUGUGCAGGGGAUUUGCGUCAGUGGGCAGGCAUCUUGGUGCUGAGCAAGACGUCAGCCAGCUCUGGAGCCCUGGGCUGCUCACUCAGCAUUGGCCUUGGAGAGGUCACCACUUGACCUCAUUCUCAGGGCAGACUCGGCUGCUCCGCUUGGGUUUGCCCUGCUUUUUGACGCUUUCUUAUUCUUUGAGUCCUGCUUGGUCCCGCCCUUAGCCCCCUCCAUAGGGAGUCUCCACCCGGUUCCCUGAAUCGGAGUCCUUGGAGCAUAGGUCAAAGGCCAUAGCUCCUCUUCAGCCCAGGCACAGUGGGGACGGGAUGGAUGGAGUCACUCGAUGAAUGGCCACAUUUGGGAAAGUGUCUGUGAGCAAGAUUUGGGGAAACGUGUUGCAGUGUCUGGAAUUCGGAUCUGGGCCGAGUACGGAGCUGCCAGGAAAGCCUCUGUGGGCUAGGCCACUGGAGCUUCUCGACCUCUGGGCCUCUUGGUCCCAGGGCCAGGCUCAGAGGUCGUGCUCGGUAAAUAACUGCCAACAACUGAGUAACUCUGAGGUCCCAGCAGGACAGGGACUUUGUUUCACAGAAGAGAAAAUGGGGUUCGGGGGAGAGGUGCCCAGGGUGGUGGUUGAACGGGCACCACCCGGUCCAGCCUGGACCUGGGCCCAAGUCUCUUACCCUCAUGCCGGCUGCACCUCCCACUCCCGUGGGCUAACCUCAUAACCGAGAGCCUGGUGGCCUACAGUAGUACGUGUGCAUAGCCACGUCCCUGGUGGGUCAGCCGCCUGGGGCUUGGGGGCCAGGAGCAGCAGGGCCAGCCCCAGCCCCUGUGCCUUUCCUGCCCGGGCCCGGGAGCAGGGGCCUUGCCCAGGCAGCUCAGAUCACGUCAGUUUGUGGUUUCUCUGGUUCUUUGCCAGGGGAGGAGUGAGUGAGAGAGCAGAGCACUUGGAUGCUAAUUUACAAUGUCACUGAAGCAUGAAAUCGUUUCCUUCCUUUACCAGAUUAUUACUUAAGCAGAAAAUUGACUUGGAGUGAGGGUUGGGGGAGUUACAUACUUUUGAAAAUUAAAAAGGAAGAAGAAGAGGUGUGGGGUUUUUUGAGGGAGGGCUCAUUACCAGCAGGAAGAACUUAGCACAGGCUUUGGGGGGUCAGGAUGCUAAUGCAGAGCAGCCCUCUGAGCCCUGAAUCCUGGCCUGGCAUUGAAGGGCACAGUGGGGAGGCAGGUGGCUCAGCAUGUCGGUCAGCGUCCAUGAGACCCGGAAGUCGCGGAGCAGCACGGGGUCCAUGAACAUCAGCCUCUUCCACAAGGCCUCCCACCCCGACUGCGUGCUGGCGCACCUCAACACGCUGCGCAAGCACCGCAUGUUCACGGACGUCACGCUGUGGGCGGGCGACCGCGCCUUCCCCUGCCACCGCGCCGUGCUGGCCGCGUCCAGCUGCUACUUCGAGGCCAUGUUCAGCCACGGCCUGCGGGAGAGCCGGGACGACACGGUCAACUUCCAGGACAACCUGCAUCCCGAGGUGCUGGAGCUGCUGCUGGACUUCGCCUACUCGUCCCGCAUCGUCAUCAACGAGGAGAACGCCGAGUCGCUGCUGGAGGCCGGCGACAUGCUGCAGUUCCACGACGUGCGCGACGCCGCCGCCGAGUUCCUGGAGAAGAACCUCUUCCCGUCCAACUGCCUGGGCAUGAUGCUGCUGUCAGACGCGCACCAGUGCCGCCGGCUGUACGAGUUCUCCUGGCGCAUGUGCCUCGUGCACUUCGAGACCGUGCGGCAGAGCGAGGACUUCAACAGCCUGUCCAAGGACACCCUGCUGGACCUCAUAUCCAGCGACGAGCUGGAGACGGAGGACGAGCGCGUGGUCUUCGAGGCCAUCCUCCAGUGGGUGAAGCAUGACCUGGAGCAGAGAAAGGCCCACCUGCCCGAGCUCCUCCGGAGCGUGCGGCUGGCCCUGCUGCCGGCGGACUGCUUGAAGGAGGCCGUCUCCGGCGAGGCCCUCCUCAUGGCCGACGAGCGCACCAGGCUCAUCAUAGACGAGGCGCUCCGUUGCAAGACCAAGAUCCUGCAGAACGACGGGGUGGUCACCAGCCCCUGCGCCCGGCCGCGCAAGGCGGGCCACACGCUGCUCAUCCUGGGGGGCCAGACCUUCAUGUGCGACAAGAUCUACCAGGUGGACCACAAGGCCAAGGAGAUCAUCCCCAAGGCGGACCUGCCCAGCCCCCGGAAGGAGUUCAGCGCCUCGGCCAUCGGCUGCAAGGUCUACGUGACCGGGGGCCGGGGCUCCGAGAACGGGGUCUCUAAGGACGUGUGGGUGUAUGACACCGUCCACGAGGAGUGGUCCAAGGCGGCGCCCAUGCUGAUCGCCCGCUUCGGUCACGGCUCAGCGGAGCUGGAGAACUGUCUCUAUGUGGUCGGGGGGCACACGUCCCUGGCAGGUGUCUUCCCUGCCUCCCCUUCGGUCUCCCUGAAGCAGGUGGAGAAGUACGACCCCGGGGCUAACAAGUGGACAAUGGUGGCCCCGUUGAGGGACGGCGUCAGCAAUGCCGCAGUGGUGAGCGCCAAGCUGAAGCUCUUUGUUUUCGGAGGGACCAGCAUCCACCGAGACAUGGUGUCCAAGGUCCAGUGCUACGACCCCUCGGAGAACCGGUGGACCAUCAAGGCUGAGUGCCCCCAGCCUUGGCGGUACACGGCAGCUGCCGUGCUGGGCAGCCAGAUCUUCAUCAUGGGAGGUGACACGGAGUUCACGGCCGCCUCAGCCUACCGCUUCGACUGUGAGACCAACCAGUGGACGCGGAUCGGGGACAUGACCGCCAAACGCAUGUCCUGCCACGCCCUGGCCUCGGGCAACAAGCUCUAUGUGGUGGGGGGCUACUUCGGGACCCAGAGGUGUAAGACCCUGGACUGCUAUGACCCCACCUCGGACACGUGGAACUGCAUCACCACCGUGCCCUACUCGCUCAUCCCCACUGCCUUUGUCAGCACCUGGAAGCACCUGCCCUCGUGAGGAGCACCAGCAGAGCCCAGCCAGACUCUGUGUGUCUCUCCCACCCCUGCGGCUGCAGCCCUCACUGUCCCAGAGUGGCCCUGACCCCGCCGGCCGCCGCAGGAAGCUCAGCCCGGCCCCAGGGCAGCACUCGCGGUGGGAGCAGCGGUCUCGGGGGCUGUCCUGAGCUUCAGACAAGAGGAGGGAAGCUGUCUGGAGUGCCCUGUGUGUCCGCCCGAGGCCUUUUCCGCUUUGCGGUGGUUUGUAGGGGAGAAGACCUUCCGGAGGCGCACAGACCGACCUCAGGAGUCCCUCAGCCUCGGGGAGAAGACACAUUGCAGAGCCUUGAGGUGGCCUGUUGCAGCAAGUCCUGUUCGGGGGCAGGGAGGAGCCCCCCGUGGGUUGGGGUGGGCGGCACUGGGAGGCCUUCGGGUCACGCAACGCCGACAGCACCGCCUUGGCCUCGCCCCUCCCUGUUGUCAUUGUGAUGUCACCCACCAGAGGGUGUCCCGGGCCUCAGGGAAACGGGGUCCACCGGGCCUGAGAGCACAAGUUGCCUGGGAGGAAAUCGAGGACACGUUGCGUCACGGGCAGAAACCCAUCGGGUGACCUCAGUGGCACCCACAAAACUUCAUUAGCAAAUGACACCAAGACCCCCAGGGUUAAAGAGGAAACUCUUGUGGGCCCCUCCCCAGAGUCAGGCCCGCUGGGCCCGGGUGCACACGGACACUCAUGCCCUGUCACAGCAGGACUUGGGGGCUGCCCAUCUCCUCAGGGCCCACACCCCAAGAGGUGGCAGUGAUCCCAUCUCCUGACAGGACCAUACUGGCCCUCGGGAUGUGGCCCUGCCCCCCAAGCCUAGGGGCAGGUAAGAGCUGACGACCGCAGGGUUACUCCGGGCACCCAUCGAGAUCCCAGCAGGCCUGGCCGCCUCAGCAUGGAGGACAGCAACAAGGCCUGUGACCCCGGCCCCCAACCAGCACCAGCUGUCCUCUGGCACCUGGGCCUUCCAGCUGGCCCGGUCACUCCCUGGGCCCCAGAAGCAAGAAUAGUCCCCAGAACUGCCAGUUCUUGGCUCAUUUUCUCCACCCCCGAAGUCAGUGGGUCCCUCAUCAGUGUAUCCCCAGUGUCUGGGGUUCUGGAGGGGUCAGCUCACACCUAGUUUUCGGGUUUGCAGUGCAGCCCUUGCCACCUGCGGGCACCGCUGUGGGGGACGGGGCCGGGGCCAAACCGGUGGCUUCCCUGGCCGCCUGCCAGCUACCUGCCAUUUGCUUGAUGCUGCUCGGCUGGUCCGGGGCUGGGGCGCCCCUGUGGGCUGCCCUGUGGUGGGGCCGCGUCACAGACCCGCCGCUGUCAUCCUUCCGCGGCGCCCCCUCGCAGGACCUCGUGCUGCCGCUGGCCCCGUGGGCGUCUCUUGGGGUGGGCUCUGGUCCCGGGGGAGGGGGCGGCGGGGGCGGCGGAGGAAGCCGCUCACCCCGAGGCCCAGGCUUCUGGACGGCCGAGGUGGGGCACACACAAUUGUCACGCAGCAUCACGGGCCUCACAGUGGUGCUUCCCCCACGAGUUGUGUUCCUUCUGUUUCCAACUUAAUAAAGAGCUGAGAAAAACCGUGCUUCCCUUGGGGCUGGGGACCCGUGUUGGGCAGCCUUGGAGUUCGCGCCACCAGCCAGGGCCGGGGUCUGCCCCCUGACCUCUGCCCCUCCGCUGAGUUGGGGGGCGGGGAGACCUCCUCCCCAAGGACCCCCCGGCACCCAGAUGAGAUGGCUUCCUUUCCUCAGACUGUCCCAGCAGCGAAGCCUUGAAAUUGACCCUUGACCCUCGUAGAAUCCAGAUGGCUUUCCUGAAAAGCUCCUGCUGGGGGAGCUCGAAGUUCAAUGUGCUCGUCUGUGCGGGAGCCCCGGCUGACACUCAUUUGUGUGACCAGAGGGAGGCGGGCCAGGUGGCGCAGUCGCCCCCAGGGGCCAGCAUUAGCACCGUGUGGCCUCAGAUGCUCGUGUCCCCUGCUGUCCCUUCACGCCCUCCACAGCCAAAGCAACUCCCAAUUCGGGAGCGUGGGCUCAGGGCGCCCCUCAGAGCGGGCGGCCCAGCGUGGCCCCCGCCGCCCGUGUGCUCUGAAGCUCCACGGUGCGCAGGCCCCCCGAACCCAAACUGGCCUUGAACCAUGUGAACAAGUGGUUCAGAUGCUGACGGCGUGAUACGGCUCAUUUCUCAACACCUCGAAGGAGCAUCAUCUGAACGAGUGAGUCGAUCUCGAAAGUGUGAUGCGCUCAGAACUGCCAAGCAGGGACGCCCUCCCAGCUCCCUCCACAAACCGCCAGGCACAGCCCCUCGCGCUGCUUGUUCUGCCCCUGGUGCUGGGAGUGACAGGCAAGCACCCCCCUCGCAGGCCUGGACACUGGCCACCAGAAGUGGGGGCGGCCUCCUAUUAGGCUGCAGUAGAAGCAGCACAGAUGGUAAGCAGAGGCGUGUUUCUCCUUAUGCAGCCUGGAUGUGAGUGUAAGCGAGCCAAGGCCGGAGUAGGAUUGGGCCCCAGCCUCCUAUCUUGUUACUCUGGCAGCUUCCAUGCAAGGCUUCUGUCUCCUGGCCCAAUGUGGCCACCCCGUUCCUGCCAUCUCGUCUGCAUCCCAGCCGUUGGGAAGAGGAAAGGACACGACCAGCAAACCUCUUUAAGGGCAUGCCCCCCAACUUGCACACGUCACUUGGGCACACUCCCAUGCGAGGCUGGGCAUGGCAGCCACAGCUCCAGCCGAUCACUGAAUAAAGGGGAGGUGGGUAUUGGAGGGCAAGGAGCAACCUCGGCACCGGCCCGCCUGACCUGGAGUCGAACGGAGCCUGUCCACCCUGGCCUGCCUCCCCUUCUCUGGAGCCGGUCAAGUGGGGCGCGCAGAGAGCCUCAGGCCUCUUCAAGAGCCUGGCCCUGUGUGCGCGCCAACAUUGGGGAGGCCCGCCCGUGCUGCCACCGACCAGCGCUUUGCCUGGUUGCCCCCGUGGUCUGCACGGUGACCCCAGGAGGUGGGCCUUCUCGUCCUCCCCCUGCUGCUGAGGAAACAGGCCUGGAGGAUAAAGCUCUGCCCCACCCGCCCCGCACUGGUCACACCGGCCAGAAGGAACUGGGGCUGGUGUGCGUCUGACUCAGGGGCAGCAGGGUUCACGAGGAAGUGAGGUUGGGUUCUGUGCAGUGCUGAACGCCAGGCCGGGCACCCAGAGAGCCUUGCGGUGACGAGAAGGGCCGC